AUGUUUCCAUUUAUUAUGCAUUCCAACUAUUACGCAAAAUCGAACGGUCGACAAUGCUUGCAAUGUGAUGCAAAAGGCAAGACGAUGGCAAUACACUUGCCUGAUUACAUUGCGUCCAUCCAAACGCGCAAUGAAAAGAUCUUUCACGACGUCUUUGGGAUAGAAGUGAAAACGCCUCAUGCCAGCAGCGGUCAGCAGCCGCUCAACGACAAGUACAAACCGGCUUUGGAAAUGAAAAAGAGCUACCGGUUGCUCCCUCGCGACCUCCCUAAGGGUGACGGCAUGACAUCCUCGCAAGCCUCGUACGCGAGGGACAAUUAUGCCGUUUACCGCUUGGAAGCAGCGACAAGACCUGAGGGUGAGGUGAAAAAGCCUCAUGCCAGCAGCGGCCAGCAGCUGCUCAAUGACCGUUGCAAGCUGGCUUUGGAGAUGAAGAAGAUGUUGGAUGCCAUGGUGGAAGAUGGAGCUGGUAUCAGCAAUCAGAAGCGGUGCUCUCCUGUUGUUCGUGGCCUGCUUGUAGAAGGCCACGAGUGUACUACCUACAAGAUGGAGAUGGUGUCGGAGGCAGUGUACACCUUAACGCUGCUAACCAUAUCCAAGCUCAGCAAGAGCAGAUCGUAG